CCCUCGUUAUCCAUUCCCCUCUUCAGCCCUAAUGGGACCCUGACUUUUGAAUUUUUCUUGAAAAGAAAUGGGAGUUGCAUUUAUUAUGCCUCCCCCCAAACAGCUGCCGGAACGCCAUCAGGCACAUGGCAACGCUAUCUAUAUAUGGCCUUAAGAGAGGUGUUGGGCAGAAACACAAGAAUUUGGGAAGUAAUCUUCAAGAGGAAGGUACUGAGCCAGUGGGACCAAGUGAUACAUCAGUGGAGAGGGGCAACCUUCUCUGGUACUACAAGGAUGCAACAAGGUUAGGGAGUCAGCAAGCCCCAGAUAGUGAGAGGGGACAUGAUCCAAUGGAGGGUGUAGAUGAAGCAGAUCUCUGUGGGGAAGAUCAGUUAGAUAAGGAACAAUCCCAAGACCAUGAUUGUGAGGGACAGGAAACAUGUGCAGAUGAAAAAGGAAACUUUGGGCAGAAAUCGGGCCUUCCGAGAUGUCAAAUAACACACACAGGAGCAAAACCAUAUAAGUGCUCAGAGUGUGGCAAGAGCUUCAGCCGAAGCACCAACCUUCUAGUACAUGAAAGGACCCACACAGGAGAGAAACCGUAUGAGUGCUCUGACUGUGGGAGAAGCUUCACCCACAGCUCCAAUCUUCGGGCGCAUGAGAAAAUCCACACAGGAGACAAACCGUAUGUGUGUGCAGACUGCGGGCAGACCUUUUACCACAGUUCAAGCCUUACGGCGCAUGAGAGAAUCCACACCGGAGAGAAUGUGCACAGAUGCCCACACUGUGAGAAAGUCUUCACCCGUAGCUCUGUCUUUCGGAAGCAUGUCAGAAUUCACACGGGCGAGAAACCUUUCAAAUGUUCCAAGUGUGGGAAAAGCUUCUCACAGAGGUGCAAUCUUAUUAUACAUGAGAAGACCCACACAGGAGAGAAACCUUUUAAGUGUUCUGACUGUGGAAGAAGCUUCAGUCGAAAAUGUGACCUCCUGGCUCAUGAAAGAAUCCACACAGAGAAAGACCCAUAUAAAUGUCUGCACUGUGGGAAGAGUUUCUCUCAAAAGUCCAACCUUGUGAUACAUGAGAGAAUCCACACAGAUGAGAAUCCAUAUCCAUGCUCACAUUGUGGGAAACGCUUCCGUCAGAAAGGAAACCUCAUGAUCCAUGUGCGAAUCCACACGGGAGAGAAGCCGUACCAGUGUACAGACUGUGGGAAGAGGUUCAGUCAGAAGGGUAGCCUCACAUCACAUGAGAGAACUCACUCCAGGGAGAAAAGGACCAUCUAACAGUUCGUCCAAGGGAUGGGAGAGCUUUGUGGUUUUCUGAUUUGCUUUCACUUGAACAGAGUUUUCAUUAUUUUAAAAUACUUUUUUCAUCUUAGAAAAGUGUAGCACACAACACACAAAACUCAUCUAAAUAAUUCAUAAAUCCCAUUUGUUACUGCAAAUGUCAGUUGUAGGCAUGACCCACUGAAGUAUUUUAUAUUUAACCAACUGGGAGAGGGGAGGCAUGAGGAAUCCUCCAACUCAAGUUUCCCUUUCCAAGAUACUAUAAACUCUUGGAGGCAUGAGGAGGCCAAUUUCUCCCCUCCUCUUUUCCCUCACUCCCAACGUUCUGAGGGCAAUGAGCAUGCUCACUUCUCAUCCUAACAUAAGAAGAGCCCUGCUGGAUCACACCAGUGGUCCAGCAUCCUGCCUCACAUAGCCGCUAACCAGUUACUCUGGAGGGCCAACAACAGGGCAUAGAGGCCUUCCCCUGAUGCUGCCUCUGAGCACUGAAAUCCAGAGGUUCACUGGCACUGCAUAUGGAGAUUCUCUUAACUUGCCCUGGCUAGAAGCCAUUAAUGGGCCUAACCUCCAUGAAUCAGGAGGACUUAUCCUUUUCGAUAUUUGCAAAUUAGUAUUUUUCUGCACAGGGAAUUCUCUGGACAUGGAGAAACCCUGACUUUGUCUGGGUUUAGACUCCUACACAAUAGGUACUUGCAUUUGAAAUUUGCUAUUAAUUGUGGCUUGGCAAGGAAUCACUGAGGUGGGGAAUAAAGAAAAGUGGAAAUCUCACAUCCGCACACACCAAAUUCUCCCCCUUUUGAUUCUGUAAGCUGUCAGGGAGUUCAGCAGCCAGUUCCCCCGUUUCUCCCUCUACCCCUGACAAUGGACUCUCAACUGCUGUCAGUGUUCCAUGCCUUCUGGAGCAAGCUCAUUCCUUAGCAGGCACUUUAGGGGUAUUUUUUAGUUACUCUACAAAAUCAAUUUUCCUUACAUAUUUGGGGAGGGGGGCACUAACUCUGCAGAGACCCCUGCCUUGCGGCUUUCAUGAUUAACACCAGCCACCCAGUUUAUAUUAGACAUAGCAAUAAUGAUUAUUGAUUGUCAAGUUCAGGUUAGCUUGCAAGAUCUUCUGAAUCAUUUCCUAGCUGAUCCCUUUUUUCCAACGGCUGUUCCAAAAAUGUCUACCAAGUCUAGCAGCAACUAAGAACUAUAAACUUGAAUAUUGAAUUCUUCAAGUGUUGCACACUCCAUGUCAUUUAAAAGAAAUAUGAUUGACUCCAGAGGUGAACAGGCAUGCAAGAAUGCAAGCCCUGGGUUCCUCAGGACCCGGUUACAUGCCGUUUCUGUGUCCUGUCAAACCAGGCAUGUGUUGGGACGGCCUUGCUGAGAUAAUUCUCAGGUAUAUGGAGACCGAACAUAGGAAACAUUAACACUGUAAUCCUGAACAGAUUUCAAUGGGCUUAGAUUGGAAUAACUCUUUUUAGGAUUGCACUGUAAG